UUGGUCACAUAAAGAUAGGUUAUGUAGGCUGCCUAAUGAGUAGUUGUAGUACUCAUUGUGUACCUCACGCACGCCCCUUGACGCGCCUACUUGUGCCCUUUACUGCCCUCAGUACUCUCAGUAGGCUGCCUAAGUAGGGCCUCAUGAACUAGAGAGGCAAACGACUCUCAUUUCUGUUCGGGAAGUAGGUAGAAGAAUUUCUCCAGUGUAGCAGUGUUUCCCUUUUUGUUAUCAGCACAAUUUCUUAAACAUGGUUAUCAAACAUCACGUAGAGGGUUAUGCAAAUUUUCUCAAAUUCAUUGAGAAAUUCAAAUCCGAUCUUCCAACUUUUAUCCUUUACACUGGUACUAAGCUACCUGAUGGUAAUAGCUGGUGUCCUGAUUGCGUUGAAGCAAAACCAUUUAUUGAUAAGGGAAUUCAAUCUUUGAGUAAUGAUUAUAACUUUGUUGUUGUUGAAGUAGGCGAUAGAGCUUUUUGGAAAGAUCCCAAAUGUCCUUUUAGAACAAAUUCAAAGGCACAAGUUAAAGUGUUACCUACACUUGUAAAAUGGGGAACGCAGAAGCGUCUAGAAGGUGGUGACUUGUUAAAGGAUGAUCUCAUUGAAAUGUUAUUGACUGAGGAUGAUGAUGAUUGACUGCUAUUUAAUAUUAUAUAAAAAAACUUUUUACUUACACAAUAAUAUUACAAUACAUAGAUUAAUAAACUUAUAAGGAAUGUUCAUGCGGUUUUAUAUACAAUUACCAUGAGCCAUACAUAAAUAUACUUUUCUAUUUUGAACAAGUUAUACAGUUGAAUACCUAUUGUUAUUAGUAAAAAAAUACAACCUACAUAGUGUAUAUUUAUUUACAAUUUUUAUAUCCUUGAUAAAAAAAGAAGAAA